AUGACUAAAUACGACGGAACUUGCGACUGCGGCAACGUCAAGGUCACGGCCGAGAUCGCGGAUCCUACCAGCGGCAUCAUCUGCCACUGCGGCGAGUGCAAGAUCAGAUACGGCCCCUACAACGUCGUCUUCGCCGUCCCCGAAAACGACUACAAAGUCGUCUCCGGCGCCGACUCCCUCAAGACCUGGUCCUACACCGGCGCCUCCGGCAACCCCGUCCCCUGCAGCUUCUGCAGCAACUGCGGCGUCAACCUCUUCCGCAAGGAAGCCACCCUUCCCGGGCUCACCGUCGUCAUUGCUUCGACCCUGGUUAAGGGGUGGGAAAGUGGUGAGCUUAGACCUACGCAGUCUUUGCUUACGCAUAGAGCUUUGCCCUGGAUUUCGGAGGUUGGUACUUUCAAGCAGUUGUAA